CACACUGCUUUAUUGGCUGUGUCUUGCUUCCACUGCCCCCCCCCCCUCUCUCUCUCUGACAGAUCUCGCCUCUUUCUCUGUCUAGAAAUCACACUCCUGAAGAUUCUCUGUAUAGUCCUUCUCUGUCUCUUCAGUUUCUCUCUCUAAGUUUCAAACUUCAUCUCUCUCUAGGAAUUAAUUCUGUUUCUCAAGUGGGGUUUUCUGGACUAUCCUUUUCUAUGAAAAGUAACACUGUUCCUCGUGAAUUGCAUGUCAAGUUGGUAACUUUCAGUGGUACCAAUAAGAGUCUGCGAGAGAGAUCUAAUCUGGUGGCCUUAAUGGCCUAAACGGGUUGUUUUUGCUUUUGGGAAAUUUUCAGGUGAAUGUAGUGUUACUCUUGUUACUUUUGCCGUGCUUCCUUCUUCUUCUUCUUCUUCUCUCUCUAUUUUAGCCCCUUAUUCUUUCAAUCUCAAGCAUUUUUUGUUAGCUAUCCAUUUUGUCAUAACUGCAAAUGGGUUUAUGACCUUCAAAAGCUUCUUCCUUGGGGUUUCAAGUUUAAAGAUUUAGACUUUGCAUGUUGGAUUUGUUUUUUAGCUUCUGGGAGGUGAAUGAUUUACAUGUUAAAGGUUAAAAGUGUUAGUGCUAAAGUCUUUUUGAGCUGAAGCUGAGGGGCUUAGUAUGGGAGUUAAUGUAGAGUGAUAGUGCAGUUUGGAGGCCUUAAAAAAUGCUUGAUAUUUUGAGUUUGGUUUCAUGGGUUUGGGUUAGUAAGCUGUUUUUUUGAUAGUUUGCACUGAUGAUUCUAUGCUCUUCAGGAGCAAAUGAUGAUUAUUUUGAAGAAUUAGUUGCACUUGGAGGGAAUUGUCGGGGAUUUGGGGUAUUAUAAUUGCAAAUGGGUUUAUUCCCUUUGAGAUAAAAAUGAACGCCUUGAAUUUGAUGGAGGGUUGCUUUGUUUUUUAGGGAGGUUCUUUGAUUGCUUGAGUUUUGGCUUUUUCUGUGGGUUUUGACAAUCAGUUAAUGGGAUAUAAUUACUUGCCUUUUUGAAAGCAAUAGUAACAAGAGAUUUGAUUAUUGGGGUGGCUAUUGUUUGGAAAGCAAAAUGCAAUAUAGUUCGAUUGGUUUUGUUAAUCCUCUAGAGAUUCUGCUAUCAUUUGCAUUUAUGUUCUGAUCAUGACCAAGGCUGUCCGCACUAGGAUUCUCAAGGAUGCAAAUGGUGAUAUCGGUGAUCAUCUUCGAAAUCAUAUUCAUUUGACCAAUUGUAUUCAUCUGAAAAACCAUAUGCUUAAGCAAAGCCCCAUUCUGGCUGAUAGGUCAUUAAUCCGGGACCUCAUUGCCCUUCAGAGGUCCCGAUCUUUGAGGGACCCUUCGGCCAGUCCUCCUUCAUGGCACUCACCUUCUGUAGUUGAUUUGCUUCCUAAGAAAGGGGACACAGAUGCAACCAUUCGAGAAGGUAGAAGCUCGGUUGGCACCGAGCGUCGAAGGGAAGGUAGGAGGUUGUUCGGUAGUUCUUCACCCUCGGCAAAUUUGGCACCAUCAAAGGUUGUCCCAAGUGAUGUUAGUGGGGGUAAUAAUGAUGGGGUAGCAGCUAUUAGUGAUCGUAGCAUUAAUAGUGGAUUUAGGGAUGGUAGAAGAGUUAAGAGAGAAGAAUCUAGUAAAAAAAGUAAUAGGGUUAAUCAGCUGGGUGGUGAUGGAGACCCUUUACAAGAUCAAGCUGUUGAUGGUUUAAUUCAUGAUACCGUUUCAGGGAAUUCCGAAUCAAAAGAUAGAAAAAGUAAACAUAAGGGGAAGCAUAGUCAAGAUGUGCAUAUUAAGACCCUUUCAGAGCAGCUACAUGAGAUUCCAAUGGAUACUGAUGUGGCAUCUUCCAACAUGCAUCUUCAUGGAAGACACACCCGGCAGGAGAAAAUUGUUGAGCCUGAGACCAGUAUUCGUGGCUAUGGCGGGGUGCAUAGAGUGAGAAGGCGAAAGUUUCGAAGUACCAGAAGAACUCGGGCUUCUGCUCCAGCUUCAAGGGAUGUUGGGGGACAGAAGGAAAUGUCUGUUGCUUCCAAUUCAUUUGCUCAAGGUUCAGCACGGCCAAGGUAUCACAUGGAGGAAGAAGAAUAUGGGGACCAAAAUGUCACAAGGGCUCCCAGAAAUGGAUGUGGGAUUCCAUGGAAUUGGUCAGGAAUUCAUCACAGGGGUAAAACAAUCCUUGAUAUUGCUGGAAGAAGCUUAUCUUGUGGCUUGUCAGACACAAGGAAAGGUAGCACUGCUUCCCAUGGGAGAGAUUUUCCUGGUAUGCCUGUGGCAUCUGAUCGUUCUAGUUCAUCUACUAAAUCUGAUGUAGAGGCUUUGCCUCUACUAGUGGAGGCAUCCGGAUCCCAAGAAAGCACUGAUAAUGCUGGUUGGGUGCACGACUAUUCAGGAGAGCUAGGUAUAUAUGCUGAUCAUUUGUUGAAAAAUGAUAUUGAUUCUGAUCUUGCUUCUGAAGCUAGAUCUGGUGAACAACGUAAGCUUGGGCGGAACCAGAAUGGUAGGCAUCAAAAUCUUACACAAAGGUACAUGCCGAGAACCUUCAGAGAUCUAGUGGGACAGAAUUUAGCAGCGCAAGCUCUUUCUAAUGCUGCUGUUAGGAGGAAGGUUGGGUUUCUAUAUGUGUUUUAUGGGCCUCAUGGUACUGGGAAAACCUCAUGUGCUCGGAUAUUUUCCAGAGCUUUGAAUUGUCAAUCUCUGGAACAUCCCAAACCUUGUGGCUAUUGCAAUUCUUGCAUUUCACAUGAUAUGGGUAAGAGCCGAAAUAUAAGGGAAGUUGGCCCAGUCAGUAAUUUUGACUUCAAGAGCAUCAUAGAUUUGCUUGACAAUAUGAUUAUUUCUCAGACGCCAUCUCAAUAUAGAGUUUUUAUUUUCGAUGACUGUGAUACUCUGGCCCCUGACUGCUGGAGUGCCAUAUCGAAGGUCAUUGAUCGAGCACCCAGACGUGUAGUUUUUGUCCUUGUCUGCUCAAGUCUUGAUGUUUUGCCUCAUAUAAUUAUAUCCAGAUGCCAGAAAUUCUUUUUCCCAAAGCUUAAAGAUGCAGAUAUUAUAUAUACUUUGCAGUGGAUUUCAUCCAAAGAAGAUAUAGAUAUUGAUAAGGAUGCUCUAAAACUUAUUGCAUCGCGAUCAGAUGGAUCUUUGAGGGAUGCUGAGAUGACACUUGAACAAUUAAGUUUGCUUGGGCAGAAGAUAUCUGUUCCUCUGGUUCAGGAAUUGGUUGGACUAAUCUCUGAUGAAAAAUUAGUGGAUCUUCUUGAUUUAGCAAUAUCUGCAGACACAGUAAAUACUGUGAAGAAUUUGAGAGUCAUAAUGGAAACUGGUGUAGAGCCAUUAGCUUUAAUGUCACAACUUGCUACAGUUAUCACUGAUAUACUAGCUGGUAGCUAUGAUUUCACAAAAGAAAGGCCUAGAAGGAAGUUUUUUCGACGAAAUCCAUUGUCCAAAGAUGAUAUGGAAAAGCUGCGUCAGGCCCUCAAAACUUUGUCAGAGGCUGAAAAACAACUUAGGAUGUCAAAUGACAAAUUAACAUGGCUAACAGCUGCCUUGCUUCAACUUGCUCCCGAUCAGCAGUAUCUGCUCCCUAGUUCAUCCACAGAAACUAGUUUUAAUCAUAGCCCUCUGGCCCUAAAUAACAUGGGUGGAAGAGAUAUUGCCAGGAAAGGUGGUGAACGGGUGGAGAUGCCCAAUAACAAGAGAGGUUUGUCAACGCAUGUCAGAUUGGAAAAUCUCCCUGGUGGAACUUCUGCUAAUUUCCAGAACAGUGGUUCAACAAAUGGUAUUAACAUGGACAGAAAAAGAAAUGCUGCAUCUGGGAUGGCUUCUCAAUGGACAUCUGUGCAAACUUCUGAUGCAGUCCGGGUGAAUGGCAGGCAGGUUUCAGGUAAAAGCCGUAAGGGACAUGAAGAAAUUUGGUUGGAGGUGCUUGAGAAGAUUCAAAUUAACAGUAUGAGAGAGUUCUUGUAUCAAGAAGGAAAGCUAAUCUCUGUCAGUUUUGGGGCAGCUCCAACUGUGCAGUUGAUAUUCAGUUCACAUCUCACCAAAUUGAAGGCAGAGAAGUUUAGGGCACAUAUUUUACAAGCAUUUGAAUCUGUUCUUGGAUCGCCAGUGACAAUUGAGAUCCGAUGUGAGUUGAACAAGGAAACAAAUGCAGGGUUCCACUUGCCAGCAGCUUCUAAAAUUGGUUCAUCUCAGAUGGCUAUGGACUCAGAGCCUAAUGCUGGGAGCAGAAUGCCUAGGACUGGAGAUUCUCUAGAAGGGAGGAGUGAAAUUGUUGAAAUACCAGCUUCUCCAAGGAAAUAUGAGGGUAAUGAACCAGCAAACCACAAUGUAGAAUCUAGUAGAAGAGGUUUACAGCGCACAUGGGCAGGAGAAUCAGUUUCGAAUAAGAAACCAGCCAUGGGGUCUAUGGUGGAAAGAAGAAUACUUGGGGAACCAAGUCAGAGUAAGAGCAUUGUGAGAAGCAAGGUUUCCCUUGCGCAUGUAAUUCAGCAAGCUGAAGGAUGUACACAGCAGGCUGAAUGGUCAAAACACAAAGCAGUCUCCAUAGCUGAAAAGCUUGAACAAGAAAAUUUGAGACUGGAACCUAGAUCAAGAAGCUUGCUUUGCUGGAAAGCAACAAGAGUGACACGUCGGAAGCUUUCUCGUAUGAAAAUCAGGACACGAAAACCACGUUCAUUACUGAAGCUUGUCUCCUGUGGAAAGUGUCUCUCUUCUAAACCUCCUAGGUAGAUCAAGGGAAAAUAUGGAAUGGCUUUGAAGGAUUCAGAAUUCAACUUCAUCAAUACUAGCUAGUGUAAUUAGCCAUUUUCUCUCCAUUUAACGACUCUAUUCAUCUUUUUACGUUGAAUAAAUGUGAUUGUUGUUUCUGUCUUUCUGAUUAGAAUGCAGGGAAAAUAAUAAUUUAGUGUA